CUGGCCGUCCUCGCCCGCGCUGCGACUCCUAUCCUGAGUAAACCUCCGCCAAUAAUUCAAGUAAUGCGGGCACCAGGUGUUGUACAUCACCGGCGGGGCACCAAUUAAAGGCAAAAUAAAAUCCAAAUCCAUCUUUCUUGUAAUCGAGGCACCUCAUGGAUCUCCUCGGCUACUCAAUCUCCCGAUUACCUACGGCUAAUCCUCACCUUAACUUCCCUGCACCUCUUCGUCGACGCUCUUUCACAGUCAGGUCGAGCUUGAGUCUACCUUUCUCGGAGGAGAAAGCAGUGUACUACAAGCAUCUUGAAGCUGCAGUCGACGUCGUCGAGAGAGCUUGUCGUCUCUGCGUCCAUGUGAAAAAAUCUUUGUUCUCGAGUGAUGGAAGUAUCCUCGAGAAAAAUGAUCAAACCCCUGUGACAAUUGCAGAUUUUGGGGUGCAGGCUCUUGUUAGCUUAGAAAUGAGCAAAUUAUUUCCUUCUAUUCCUCUGGUAGCAGAAGAGGACUCCAUGUUUCUGUGUACGAACAAUCUGGUUGAUGCUGUGGUUGAUGUGCUUGCUGAUAGAGCAACUUCCAGAGAUAAACUGACACAAGAUGAUGUUUUAGAGGCAAUUGACCGAGGGGGCAAGGAUGCCUAUGCUUUUGGACCUAAGCCGGCCACUUAUUGGGUAUUGGAUCCCAUAGAUGGUACCAGAGGAUUUGUAAGAGGUAGUGAGGCUCUUUAUGUGGUAGGCUUGGCUCUUGUAGUUGAUGGAGAGAUUGUUUUAGGAGUCAUGGGCUGCCCUAACUGGCAGGAGAGCCACCCUGACAAGUCUAGCUCAAAAAACCAGGAAAAUGAAAAUGCUGUCUCCAUGUCUGGAAUAAUUAUGAUCUCACACAUAGGGUGUGGAACAUGGAGAAACACUUUGUGGGAAACAACCAAUAUGAUGGGUGGAUUACUAGAUAAUUGGAUCAGAUGCUUUGUUGAUGAUUGUCAGAUAGUUCAUGAAGCACGCUUUUGUAUUCCUGAUAGUCAAACAUGGGAAUCACUGCCAUUAUCGCUUUUAUAUAAUGCAACAACUGAAGCUGAGUAUGUUGGGAGUAAGGAGGUUCUCCUUCUACCUGCUUGCUGUGGAAGUUUGUGCAAGUAUCUGAUGGUGGCUUCAGGGAGGGCAUCUGUUUUCAUCCAAGGUGCAAAAGCUGGAAAAGUUAUAAAGGCUUGGGAUCAUGCAGUUGGUAUUAUUUGUGUCCAUGAAGCAGGGGGAAAGGUGACUGACUGGAGAGGGAGUGAACUUGAUUUUGCAGCAGAUCAAGUCAAAAGGAGAAUCAUAUUUCCGUCAGGUGGUGUUCUUGUGACAAACGACAGCUUACACCAAGCUAUACUAGAGAUCAUAUCAUCAGGUUCAUUGGUGGAUUCAUAGUACAAGGCACUUGAGACCUUUUUUGACAUCCUUCAUUCCCUUUUUUUUGUUUGGUGCCUGUUUCACAUUGAUUUCUACAUUUAUGUGCCCUUGAUGGCUUCAUUCUUUCAGAUUCCUGCUAUUGUACCAAAUACCUUGUUUUACCAUACUGAGGUUCAUUGGUGCAGAGACAGAUGUUAUGAAUCAUCAUCAUGUAAUAAAAUUGUAGACCGCAGAGGAAGUUGUUGCAAGUAGUAAGGGUUCAUCAUUUGUAAGAGGUUCUGAAGCUACUCUCGUUCAUAUUAUUCAUCAGAUAUUUUUUGUUUGUAUGAUUUUCAGACACUUUUGAACUUGAGAUAGCUCUCUCUCUCUGGAUAUUGAUAUGGUUUAUUAAAUGAGAAUAUUCGACUUGUCUUAA